AUGUUGACGUAGUUUUUGGGGCAUUGUUGAAGUAGGGUAAACCGUAGUGAACAGCUAGUACUGACUUUUAAAUAGCGAUUUGGAGCUUUAGUAUCGUUUAGAUAUAAUCAGGACAUCUAAUAUAUGGCUUUUCGAAUAACAGAAACGGUGUAGGGGAACACAGAUAGAUACAGACACACUAGUCGUGUAACAAAGCAUUUGGCCAGACUGCGCGCUAACAAAGCUACCAGUUCCUUAUACUUACAAGAGCCACACAAAGGAAAAGAGGCGGAUAGGGUUGAAAGCAUUAACGCCAAAUUGAGUUGUCGGAGAAUGUUCUUAUCUCCAAAAUAGUUGGCAGUACAGACAAUGUGUCAAGCUGUAGUCAUACUUUGAGUCGUUUGAGUGGUAUUCGUUAAACAAACAGUUCAGACUGGACAGCGAGACUGGAUUUGUCAGCCAGGAUUGGCACUGUUUUAUCAGAUUUAGGUAGCUUGGCCAAUUGCAUCGUUAAAUCGUAACCAGCUACAUUAGUACGCUUUUCACGUUAACUACUGCUAUGUGAAGAAUGAAGCUGCCAUUAUGGCGAUAAUCGUUGAAAGCGAGAUGCCCAGAGACUCGUUUCUUCAAAUUAGAAGAAGGUAGCUGACUACGACCUAGCAAAUAUUUAGCGAAGUGUUCCUUAGCAUAGCUAUCAAGCUACCAAAUUUAGUCCUCCUGCUAGUGUUAGUUAGUAGUGAAAAGGGCAGUUAUCUUUCAGCUCUUACGUCCACUGUCACGACCGUUUAUAGCAUUAACUCGAAUGUAGUCGAUUUCCGGAGAAGCUGAGCGUUGUUUGUAACGUUAAAAACAGUUAAGGGAAAGUUACAGUGAGUGAAGUGGGGUUUAGUUGACGUUCGGCUAACAGGCUAAUUGAUUAGCUGGGCUAAAGCUAGCGCUAUAGCAACCCAUUACAAAGUAACGACAGCCCGCACUCAUAGCUGCUGAGCAAGUGACAGGAAGGGAACCAAUAGUGAUUUUUUUUUUCUCGAACUUAACAAUGGCAGCCCCAGCAAACGAGGCCUUGUUUUUGAUUAAGGAUGUGAAGCCUGGGUCGAAAAAUUUGAAUAUUGUGUUCAUCGUUUUGGAAAUAGGACGAGUGACUAAAACGAAGGAUGGCCAUGAGGUGCGCUCAUGCAAGGUAGCAGACAAGAGCGGGAGCAUAGCAAUCUCUGUUUGGGAUGAACUCGGCAGCCUUAUCCAGCCAGGGGACAUCAUCAAGCUAACCAGAGGCUAUGCAUCCAUGUGGAAAGGCUGCCUGACCCUGUACACUGGAAGAGGAGGAGACCUCCAGAAGAUUGGAGAGUUCUGCAUGGUGUAUUCAGAAGUGCCCAACUUCAGUGAACCAAACCCAGAGCUGCUAGCCCAAGCGAACCAGCAAAACAAGUCUGGUAAGCCUGACCAGAACCAGAGAGGAAACUCUCCACCCAAUCAGAAUUCAGGUACACCUGCCCCACCAGGUAACGGUGCCAUGCCACCAUUUGCCAACAACAACAACAACCCACCAUCCGGUGCGCCUCGUGACCCCGCAUUUGGGAACGUUGGGCGGCCCAAUGGCCGGUCACCUGGAAAUGGAGCACCCCCGGUUACUGCUGCUGGACCACCAACAGCCACAAAGUCCUCAGUUACCAUUAGCAACGGCAGGGAUCCACGACGUGCCAAAAGAUGAAAUUGGGGUUGGGGGGGAUCGUGUGAGAAAACUACGGACAUCCCCAUUUCCCCCUGCCCUUUUUUAACCUUCCCACUCCUCCUCCACAACAGCCCAUGUUGGCUUUCAAAAUAAAUUAAGUUGGGGACUACAUGCAUAAUUUUUAUACAGGCUAACAUAGUCAAAUGUUGUUUGUUAUGCAUAGUGCGAGUACUAAUGCUCUCAGUAAGCAGCACAGUGUGAUUAUGAUCUACCACUUGAUGCACUAUCAAGAUUCUUGCAUAGAUGAGACCUGGUGGUUGUUAUGGUCAGCUUCUCAGUCUAAACCCUUGUCCUGUAAAUCUCACUUCAAAUUGCCACUUCUGUGCCAGUGUUACCUCCCCUGCACACCAACCAAACCCCUACCCCUCUUAUUUUCUUUCAAACUAUACACCCUACUUGAACACUUGAUGCACUUUCUUCUCUUAAUUUAUGUUGAGGCUUGGCUGUCAUUUAAAUCAGGAAAUCAAUUUCUGCUUUUGUUUAAUUGUGGAAAAGGCCUUAAGUUGGUGAAAAUGAGUUUUUGGACUGAAUGCCCGAGGGAAAUUCUUCAAAGGGUCUUCCCUCUUUUAACCAAACUGUAUCCGAAGUGACUCUGUGAAAGGAAAGGUGUUAGUUUUGAAUUUUUACUGAUAGGUAGGUAGGUAGGUAGAUCGAUAUGAAACAGUUCUUUUUCUUGAGACAUGUUUUUCUUGUUUGCCAUCAACUGUACCUUUUAUCAAGGUGGGACCACUUAAAUACUGGCAGAACGGUUCACCAAUAAAUUUAGAGUACUUUUGCUGCCACUUUUUGUUUUCUGUAGUCUGAGAACUUAAAUUACUAUUAAUGUCAAUAAAAUGUCAUGUUGCUCA